AUGAACGAGUUCGGCGCGGGGUUCGCGGGCAUUCUGAGCCGCAAGGGGCGCGAGAACCCCACCUUCAACGACUGGAACGCCGUGCUUGUCGUCUACUGCGACGGCGGACUCUACGCCGGCUCGCGCGGCGCCUACACCGCCAACCUGACGAGACCGUUCUUCAUCGAAGGCCACGCCUCGCUCGCCAGCGUCAUUCACGACCUGCGGUUGCGCGGGCUGGGCUCGGCGCGCAACGUGCUGUUCAGCGGUUGCUCCGCGGGCGCGCAGGCCGUGGCGAUGACGUGCGACGCCAUGGCGCGCGCGCUGCCGUCCGCCUCCGUCAAGUGCCUCAUGGACGCGGGAUUCUUCCUCGACACGCCGGACAUCCAGGGGCGGCUGACGUGGCGGCAGAGCGUGGAGCGGCUGUUCAAGUUCCACCGCAUGGGGCUGGGCAUUCCCCCCGCGUGCCGCCAAGCCCAUGCAAAGGAGCCGUGGAAGUGCCUACUCCCGCAGUACAACCUGCCCUUCCUCCGCACGCCUCUCAUGGUGGUCAACAGCCUACAGGACGAGAUCGCCGUCAAAAUGACCUUCGCGCCGCCCCUAAUCAACGGCUCCAGCCGGCUGGCGCGGACGGUGCUGGGGAUACAGCGGGUGAAGCGGCAGCAGGGCGUGUGGUUCGAGUCGUUUCUGAUGAACUCUACAUCGCAUUGCUCCGCGGUGUAUGGGGAGUGGGUGGGCAAGGUGGACGUGCUGGGUAGGCAGCUGCCCAAGGUGGUGGAGCAGUGGUUCUUCCAUGGGCGAAGUGGCAAGGCUGGGGGGGCGGGUGGGUUGGUGGGGAGUGGUGGCGUGAAACGAGGGGGGAAUGGCACGGGGGCAGGUGGUGCAGGCGCGGGGGCGGGUGGUGUGGGGAAAGGUGGCGCGGGGGCGGGUCAAAGGGGGAACAAAGGGGGGUGGGCGGGAGGGAGGCCUAUUCCCCGCCCACCGAAGGUCCCUGGCGUGCAAGCAGGCAGUGCAGGCGCGGGGAAGCUUCCCCCCAAGAGGGGGGCUGAUAAGAUGGGGGCGGGGGGAAGGCAGGGCGGAGAGAAGGGCGCGGGGGGGGCAGCAGGGAAGGGGCAGCAGCAGGGGGCAGGAAAGAGCGUUGCGAAACGGCCAGGGACAGCUAUAGGGAGGGGGCCUGGAGUGGGGGCAGGGGCAGGGAAGGCACCGGGAGGGCAGAGAGGGCCUCUGUGGCCUGGUGUGAGGGGCGUUCGCGGUAAGGGGCGAGGUGGGCUGGCUCGGACAAGCAGUGAGGAGCAGAUGGGUGGACUAACGCAUAGAGGAAGGGGGGGGAAGAGUGGGAAGAGGAAGAAGGGGAAGGGCGGGAGGAAAGGAAGGAAGAGUGGGAAGAGGAGAGGAGGGAAGAGUGGGAGGAAAGGAGGAGGGAAGAGUGCGGGGAGGGGAGUAGGUAGCAAAGAGGGGGGAAGGCGGAGUGAGGUGCGUAACAGUGAAGCCAAAACGGUGAGAGUGACAGAGGAAUGA